UGUCUCCUCUCCAAACGGUGCGCUCUCCGAAGUAGUGCUUUGCUCUCUGGGACUUGAAGCGGCUGGGACGCAAAAUGGGAUGCAGAAGUGUGCUGGGAUGGUGUUUGCUUUCGGCGCUGUCCUGUUGCCUCCUUCCUGGCUGCAGAGGUAACAUAACCGUGGCGGUGAUGCUCCCGGACAACUACCAUAAGUACCCAUGGGCUCUGCCGCGCGUCUUCCCGGCCAUCCUCAUGGCGCACGAGGACCUGCAGAGCAAACACGGGGUGCUGCUCGACCGCCCCAUCAACAUUCUCCACUACAGCACCGAGGACCCCGUCGCGGGCUCCUGCGCCGAGAGCCGGGCGCAGGUGGUGGCUGUGGACGCCAAGCUUUACAUCCGCCCUGACGCUUUCUUCGGACCAGGGUGCGUGUACCCGCUCGCCUCCGUGGGGCGUUUUGCAUCCCACUGGAAACUCCCGCUGAUAACAGCCGGAGGACCCGCGUACGGCUUCGACAAGCGAGAUGAGUACCAGACCAUAGUGCGCAGCGGGCCGUCCACAACGAAGCUAGGGGACUUCGCCAACGUGCUACACACACACUUCAACUGGACGUCCCAGGCCGUGGUGAUCUACCACGACCUGCGACAGGACGACAGGCCGCACUACUUCCUCUCGGAGGGGAUCUACCUGAACCUGAAGGAGCAGAUGAACAUCACGGUGGAGGCCCAGCCUUACGAGGACGACUACAAGUACUACAAAGAUCUCAUUACUUUCAUGAAGGAACGCGGGAGAAUCGUAUACAUCUGCGGCCCACUGGACACUUUCCUGAACAUCAUGAAACUGUUUCAGAGUGAGAUCCAGGACCCAGAAAACUACGCCAUCUUCUAUCUGGAUGUGUUUGCUGAAAGCCUGGUGAAUCGCAAACCAUGGCAGAACAAUGACUCUGACUGGGCCGAUCCCAUCAAGAUCUUCAAGACUGUAUUUGUCAUAACAUAUCGAGCUCCUGAUAAUCCAGAGUACAAAGACUUUCAGAAGAGACUCCAUGCCAGAGCUCAGAGGGAUUUUGGUGUGCAUUUAGAACCAUCACUGAUGGACUACAUUGCUGGCAGCUUCUAUGAUGGUUUCGUACUCUAUGCAAAGGCCUUGGAGGAGACGCUGUUGGACGGUGGAGCCCAGAAUGAUGGCAUUGACAUCACAACGAGGAUGCAGAAUCGCCGAUUCUGGGGAGUGACGGGACUUGUUACCACUGACCACAAAAAUGCCAGGGAUGUAGAUGUCAGCCUGUGGGCGAUGACCAACCAGGAGACAGGAGAGUACAGGCCUGUUGCCUACUACAAUGGAACUAUCAAAGAGAUUAUUUGGUCCCAGCAAGAAAAGAUCCACUGGCCCAGUGGAGGCCCACCGCUGGAUAACCCCCCCUGUGUGUUUUCUAAUGACGACCCCUCCUGUAAUGAUGGUCAUCUGCCCGUUCUGGGUAUUGUAGCUGUGGGAUCCAGCUUAGCGCUCAUCAUUUUUGGAAUCAGCAGCUUCCUCAUUUACAGGAAGCUGAAGCUGGAGAAAGAGCUGGCUGGAAUGCUGUGGAGGAUUCGAUGGGAGGACCUUCAGUUUGAGAGCCCCAAUAAAUACCACAAACGAGCCGGCAGUCGACUCACCCUCUCACAGAGAGGCUCCAGCUACGGCUCCCUGAUAACUGCCCAUGGAAAAUAUCAGCUAUUUGCAAAAACAGGCUAUUUUAAGGGGAACCUGGUGGCCAUUAAGCACGUCAACAAGAAGAGGAUAGAGCUGACCCGACAAGUUUUACUAGAACUCAAACAUAUGAGGGACGUUCAGUUCAACCAUCUCACCAGGUUCAUCGGGGCCUGCAUUGACCCUCCCAACAUCUGCAUUGUAACAGAGUACUGUCCCAGAGGCAGCCUGCAGGACAUUUUGGAGAAUGAGAGCAUCAACCUGGACUGGAUGUUCCGCUACUCGCUAAUCAACGACAUUGUGAAGGGAAUGAACUAUCUCCACAACAGCUACAUCGGCUGCCAUGGAAAUCUGAAGUCAUCUAAUUGUGUGGUGGACAGUCGAUUUGUUUUGAAAAUCACAGAUUAUGGCUUGGCCAGCUUCCGCUCGUCCGGCGAAAAUGAUGACUCGCACGCACUCUAUGCAAAGAAGCUCUGGACAGCUCCUGAGCUGCUCAUAUAUGACCACCAUCCUCCUCAAGGGACUCCAAAGGGCGAUGUGUACAGUUUUGGCAUCAUACUGCAGGAGAUAGCCCUGAGGAAUGGCCCUUUCUAUGUGGAAGGCAUGGACCUCAGCCCUAAAGAGAUCGUGCAGAAGGUGAGGAACGGUCAAAAGCCAUACUUUCGGCCAACAACAGACAAUAGAUGCCACUCAGAGGAGCUGACUAUCCUGAUGGAGGGCUGCUGGGCCGAAGACCCUGCAGACAGGCCUGACUUUGGCCACAUCAAGAUCUACAUGGCCAAACUCAACAAGGAAGGCAGUACCAGUAUUCUUAACAAUCUGCUGUCCAGGAUGGAGCAGUAUGCCAACAACCUGGAGAAUUUGGUGGAGGAGCGAACACAAGCCUACUUGGAGGAGAAAAGAAAAGCCGAAAACCUCCUCUAUCAAAUUUUACCACAUUCAGUAGCGGAACAGCUAAAACGAGGGGAGACAGUCCAGGCGGAGGCAUUUGACAGUGUCACAAUUUACUUCAGCGACAUCGUGGGCUUCACAUCCAUGUCUGCAGAGAGUACGCCGCUGCAGGUUGUCACAUUGCUUAAUGAUCUAUACACUUGUUUUGAUGCCAUCAUCGAUAACUUUGAUGUAUAUAAGGUGGAGACCAUCGGCGACGCCUACAUGGUGGUGUCAGGGCUGCCGGUGCAGAAUGGGAAACUCCAUGCCAGGGAGAUUGCUGGAAUGUCGCUGGCAUUGUUGGAACAGGUCAAAACAUUUAAGAUCCGACACAGACCCAACGACCAGCUGAGACUCAGGAUAGGUAUACACACAGGUCCAGUCUGUGCCGGCGUGGUUGGUUUGAAAAUGCCAAGAUACUGUUUGUUUGGAGAUACCGUAAAUACAGCAUCUCGUAUGGAGUCCAAUGGAGAGGCCUUGAAAAUCCACGUAUCCUCAGCCACCAAAGAAGUGCUGGAUGAGUUUGGUUACUUUAAUCUCCAGCUACGAGGAGAUGUGGAAAUGAAGGGCAAAGGCAAAAUGAGAACAUACUGGCUUCUUGGGGAGAAGACUGACGUGUAUGUUAUCUGAGAGGCCUGCUGAUAAUGUGGUAGCAGCAGCGGAGACGACAGCAGAAGCUCUGGUGGCCAAGCCACUACUUUAUUUGUUCUAGAAUAAGUCCAUAUUGGUGAUUUCCGUGCAGAGGAAAAGUGAAUGGCACCAUAUGACAAAAAACGAGGGCGUUCCAGGUAUAUUUAUUACCUGAAUACUACAACUGCAAAAAAAAGAGUUUAAAAAAAGUCAACGUUUCUUUUUGUAUGAAGAACCUUUCUGUGCAGAGAGUGAGUACUUUUCACUGAUAAAUUCUUAUUUUUUGUGCUUUCUAUAUUAAAAUUUGUAUGUGUUUGGAAGUUAAUGAUUGUAUUAAUAUUUCCUUGAAACAUUCAUUGAAGUUUAAAGGCACAGCAUUGCAAUCACUGCAGGGGUUCAUCAACCGUGUUACACAGUACAAAAUAAUAUGUAUAUAUGUAUAUCCAAAAUACUGUAAGAUAUU